AUGUACAGCUACUUCAACCCUGCAAGAUCGUACCAUACAGCAUCAACUAGCGACAACGAUUGUGGAAACGAUUUAAACAUGGAUUUAUUUUCAUAUUCGGAACCUGUAAAAGACACAACCUCAUUUGAAACAGAUAAAGGCAGUGAUGCUGUUGUUCAAGAGAAAACCGAGGAAAAGUUGACAUCAGGAGACAAUCCCACAGGCAAGCUCGGCGAAACCAAAAAUAUGGAUGGCGGGAAUAUAUGUAAAUUCAAUAUAGGAGAUGACAAGAAGCCAAAAUACGUGACAGUCAGGCAUUUUCAGGGAAAAGUAUAUGUCGACAUUCGUGAGUUUUAUGGUUCAGAUGGUCUUCAGUUUCCAACAAAGAAAGGGAUAACGUUAACGGUUAACAAUUUCAAAUCACUUCUUAGCGUAACAAAGAAGGUAAACGCAGGUAUCUACCAAGCCCAUCAGCGUAUUAAAAAGCGCCAGUGA